CAUUACGCGCCGACGACGACAUGGCUGAUUUCAGUAUUGAUCAGAACAACCUGCCUGGCGUGAAAGAGGUGUGCCGGGACUUUGCCGUGCUAGAAGACCACUGUCUGGCCCACAACCUUCAGGAACAGGAAAUCGAGAGCCACCUGGCAUCCAACGUCCACAAGAGCCGCCUGGUGCAGCAGGACCUGCAGGUGGCCAAACGUCUGCAGGAGGAAGAGGACAAGCGGGCCAAAGCCGAGAGCAAGAGACAGCAUCGCCACCUGGAACGCAUCGACAAUGAAAUGGCUCAGGAGAUUCAAGAAAAACUGGUCCGGCAGGCUGAACAACAGAGGCAUCAGGAGGAGAAAGAUGAGGCCAUUGCCCGGAAGCUGCAGGAGCGAGAGAUGAAAGAGGAGAGAAAACGGCAAAAGCAGAUGGAAGGAAACCUCGAGGAGUACUACGAAGAUAAAGCCUCCCGAUCUCCACCGGACCCACGAGAGCCAAAACCCCCUUCUGCUUCUCCAGGUUACAGAAAAGAGAAGAAUUACGACUACAAUGCCCCGUACAACUCUCCUGAGCCUGACAGAAAAAGAUAUCCCAAUAGCCGUAGUCGAUAUCCGGAAUGUGAGCCCGUUGAGUUCAGCCGAUCUAGGCAUCCGGAGAGUCCGAGCAAGGGAAGGAUCCUCGAGUACUACUCACCUGAGCGACGACCGAAAGAGAGAAACAAGCCUCUCGAUCUUGAUCAUGCAGAACCACAUAGAAGGAAGAAGCAAGAUCAAUGGGACGACCUGGAGCCAGUCGUAUGCCGGAAGGAGAGGUCUCCAAGGGAUUACUCUGCUGGCUGGGACAAGGAGAGGAUCAGGGAUCAAGAACGAGAAUGGGAUGGACGGAGAGCCAAGGAAAGGUCGAGAGAUCGCAACCGGACAAGAAGUCAAGAUCGACUGUUUAGCGGUGUUGACAGGGGCAGGAACGUGGACCGGGAGAUGGACCAAAAUGGACACGGUAACAGAGAGAGGCAAAGAAAACGAGGCAGAAAUGGGAAUAGGGGGAGGCACAGAAGCAUGGAGCGAGAUCUAGACGAUUAUGGUCUCGCCCCAACUAGAGGAUGCUCAGAAGAAAGCCUGGAGUGGGAGGAUCAUAAGAACAGGCCGAGGCUCCCGUCAGGUCCUAAUGAGGUGUUUGAGGAGCCUGUUCUCAGAGGUCCCUCAAACGAGGGCCGGUCCCCUGGUCAUUCUCCCAGAGAGAGAGGUCGGAAGCCGCGAGGAGAAUAUGGCAUGAAGGAGGCAACGCAUGGAUUGGCCCACUUAGACCUACAAGACCAGGAGCUCAUAGACUUGGAGGUGGCACGCAAGCUACAGGAUGAAGAAAUAAAGGCGAGUCAGUUGGACAGACGAGCCGCUCAAGUUGCUCAAGAUGAGGAAUUAGCACGACGGCUAAUAGAGGAAGAGAAAAGGGAAAUUAAGAGAUCGAGAGAUAAGGAGAAACAAGCGAUGGAGAGACGACGGCCUGAGGUGGAAUAUAAGCCAGUGCAAGAAGAAGUAGUACGACCACGAGCGCGAGAAGAGCCGCGCAUCAGAGAGGACGAGUACCAGAGAGCACGCAACCACAAACCCGCCAGGCCGCCGCCUCCUACACAGCACUACGAGAACGUGAACCCGAGCUACGCAUUUGCGGACCCGUACUCCCCUCGCCCUCCAUCAAGACCAGAGGCGGCGUACAAAGGUGCCUACUACAGACAGUGACCAUAAGCCUCCACUGCUGUCCAAUCAUGAGUCCGUUCGGCCCUUUAUUUUGCGAAUCAGUUGAGGAGAAGUGAUUCAGAAAUACUUUGAGGCUUUCGGCAGAAGCUACUGACACUUUAUUUUAUUUUUCCCUCUUGGGUUCAUCGCAUCAGAUGAGCCGACGUUGUCUCUUCGUGUUGUGAAAGAGUCUUUUACCCUGGAGCUACGAACUACUGGGUGACAGGGACAGUUCCUGUUUGCUUCUCAUGUUCUUGUCUUAUUGUGGAUGACUGGACAGGAAGGGAUCUACUGCACAGCUCUCUCAAAUAUCCCUUUUCUCUUGGCGUCUAUAAUGAAGCUUCGUCUCGAUUCCAUGUGGAGUUCAGGAUACAACGGUUUUCCACUUUUUCGUU